GCUGUCACUAUUUUGCAAACAAAGUCACACUGGGUUGCAAAAAUUACAUCAACAAAUCUUACUGUAUCGAAAAUGUUUCCACUUAUCGCUCUGUGAACAGUGUGUAUUGGUGCCGUUCGUCGCUCGCAAAUGUUCCAACAUAUUUGGCCAGUGUUGAACAUUACCACGCGACGAUGUUUCCACUCAUCACGCGCCCUCAAAAGUGUCCCCCGGAAACGGUCCCUAGCGCGCAGCCUAGCCUACGGUCUCACCGGUAGCAUUGCCGGCACCGUCCUGUACGAUGGAUUGGCCAACGGGUUCGAAAACGUUGCCGGCGCUCAACGGUUCCUUCGCUCGUUCGCCAUCGGGCUGAGCAUAUCGGUGGAUUACGCCUGGAGCCUGAAGGGUUUGCAGGAAGGUGAUGGGGCGUACGAAGCACUGCUGCCCGAAAUUCAUCUCCGCUCGGCCAAGAAACUGCUCGCCGGAUGCCUCGAAAACGGUGGCCUUUACAUCAAAAUUGGCCAGGGGGUAGCCGCCGUUAAUCACAUCAUCCCGAAAGAGUACGUUGAGACGCUGCGUCAGCUGGAAGACCGUUGCCUGACCCGCCAGCCGGGCGAAGUGCGUGCCCUAUUCGUGCAAGACUUUGGCGCGCCACCGGAGGAGCUAUUCGCGAGCUUUCAGUACGAGCCGAUCGCAGCCGCCAGUCUGGCACAGGUGUUCCGUGCCGUUACCAGGUCGGGCGAACAGGUCGCGGUCAAGGUGCAGUAUGCCGAUUUGCGCCGACGGUUCGACGGCGAUUUGCGCACGAUACUGUUCCUGCAGCGGUUGGUCGCGCUCCUGCACAAGAACUACAAUUUCGGCUGGAUAGUUGAAGAUCUGCAGGGAACGCUGCGCGAGGAGCUUGAUUUUGUGCACGAAGCAAAAAACGCAGAGCGCUGCGCACGGGACCUAGCCCGGCUGGACUUUGUGUACGUGCCGAAAGUGCUCUGGAACCACACGAACGAACGCAUCCUGACGACGGAAUUUAUCGACGGCUGUAAAGUGAGCGAUCGCAAAGCGAUCGCUGCAAUGCAGCUCGAUCUAGCCGAGAUCGAUCGGCAGCUGUUUACCGCUUUCGGGCAGCAAAUCUUCUCCACCGGCUUUGUGCAUGCCGAUCCGCACCCGGGCAACGUGUUUGUGCGCAAAGAUCCGGCCAAUCCGAGGCGAAUGCAGCUCGUACUGCUCGAUCACGGUCUGUACGAGCAGCUGGCGCCGGGUGUGCGGGAAAAUCUUGCCCGCUUUUGGGAAGCGAUCGUGCUGCGUGAUCACGCUGCGAUGCAACGGUUCUCGCAAGCGCUGAACGUGCCGGACUAUCGUACCUUUGCGGAGAUACUGCUCCAGCGACCGUUGGAAUUGAAGGGGCGCGGGUUUUCCACCCGCCUCACCGAGCAGGACCUCGCGUACAUGACACGGCAGGCGAAGGACCACUUUGACCGCAUCAUGGGCACGCUAAGGGCUAUGCCGCGGAAUUUAAUUCUCGUCAUUCGCAAUCUAAACACGAUUCGCUCGAUCGCACUGGAUCAUGGCGAUCCGAUCGAUCGGCCCCGAAUCAUGGCCCGCUGUGCACUGGCCGCACUCGGGCCAGCCCGUCGCACUGUGCGCAACUUUCUGUGGGUCACCUUUCGCAAGCUGCGCUUCGAGUUUCUCCUGUGGCGACAAUCAUUCCAUUAUUGGAUGGUGAGCAAUUAUCUGAAGCUGCUGACGAGAGUGGGCCGCUCGCCGGACACUUCGCACCUGAUGAAUAUUAAUGUUGCAGUGUGAAAACAUACACUCUCGUGACGCUGGGCGAGUCAGUAAAUGUCGUAUCGUUAGAGAGUCAUCCGAUCCGGCAACUACUCCACCGAUCUGAUCGGUCGAUGGAUGGGUUUUCUAUUCGAUUCCGGUUCAAAGGUACAAAGUGAUCAGAUGGAAGGAGUUGAGUUGUUUUUUUUAUAGCUACAAAAAUGUAUAAAAAUUGACGAAAAUAUUACAAAUAAAGCGAACUUUAA